AUGACUACAUUAUGAUACAAUAAAUGAGAUAAAUAUGGGAGAGAUAUGAUUUAAAAAUGAGCCAUAUAUGGCACAUAAAUGAGUCAUUCAUGGCUCAUUUUUUAUCUCAUUUUUCACGGCCUGGGUUGUUAAACAGAAGCAAGGCGUACACAACACACAUCUACUUUUUAAGGAAUGAGCUUUCAAACGUCUCUGUGCGAAGUAAAGCUCUAGUUUUGUGUCUGAAUGCAGAUAAAAAGAAUUAACUGUUCGCGUUCAAAGUUGUUGCUGCUUGGUAAAAAAUACACGUUUCAAAUCUCGUGUUACGCAAGACAAUAGUUUUUACUGCAUUUGUAGCGAUAGAAAAGACUGUAAAUGAGUGAAUGUGAAAUCUCUAGAUGUCAGUUGUUGUUACAAUCAUUUCUCGAUUUCUAUUGGCCAUAAUAUUGUCUUUAGAUAAUUCGUAAAAGAAUGGAAUUGUCAUAUUUUUUCUUUGUUGCUGCAACAAGUCUUCAUCCACCGAUGCGAAGACUUAUUUUUCUAAUAAGUUCUAGUGUGGAAAAACUGUAGUUUAUGCAGAUUUAGUGGCCAUACCUAAACAUGUAACAUAAGUGGUUCUGCACUACAUGUGUUCUGAAUAAAUUCGUUGCAUUAUUAUAAGUAUUUUUUUCUCUUCGGUUUAAUAAAUCUUUAUUUUUUAGACUAUCGUAAAAAUAUAAUUAUGUCUGAGUCUCUUUUAUUAAUCUUAUUCAGUUUAGCCAUGUUUCUUGGAUCUUAUUUAUCAGGUUUGGUUCCGUUAGCAUUUAGUCUUUCAGAAUCAAAAAUGCGAUAUGUUACAGUGCUUGGAGCUGGACUUUUAGUUGGUACUGCCUUGGCAGUAAUUAUGCCUGAAGGUGUUCAUGCACUUUAUAUUAAUGAAUUAGAAACGAAUCAUUUGCAUUCACAUCAUCUAAAGGAGCAACAUUCACACGAAGCUGGUGUUGACCACAUCGACAAUCCUCAACAUGCAUUAAAUGAGAAAAAAGACCAACAACUUUCGUCAUCAAAAGAGCUGCAACAAUCAAAAGAAUUACUAGCCAAUCAACAUAAAGCUGAUAAUGAAGGAGAUUUGGAAGCUCCAGCAUUAAAACAUAAUGACACAACACAUUCUGCUAUUGGAGCAGCUUCUUCCACAAGUCAUUUUAAUGUAGAAAUAAUUGUUUUUAUGGCAAUUAUGCUGCAUAAAGCUCCAGCUGCAUUUGGAUUAGUAUCAUUUCUAAUGGCUGAUGGGGUUGAUAGAAAAAGAAUAAGGAGGCAUCUAUUAAUAUUUUCAUUAGCAGCUCCACUGAUGGCCCUUUUUACCUAUGUUGUAUUAAAAAGCCAUAUUCAUGAAACAUAUUCUGGUGAUGCGACCGGUUUAGCAAUGUUGUUUAGCGCUGGAACAUUUUUAUUUGUUGCCACUGUACAUGUACUACCCGAAGUUCAGGCUCAUUACGAGGACAGGCAAUUUCGUGCUAUGGCCGAUAUUUAUGUUGUAGAACGUAUUUUGGAUAAACGGAUUAUUGAUGAUCAAAUUCAUUAUUAUUUAAAAUGGUUCGGAUUUGGAGACGAUGAAUGUACCUGGGAGCCAGAAGAAAAUGUUUUUUGUACCGAUUUGGUUAAGGACUUUGAAAGAAAACAGCAAGAAAAACAACACGAGAAAGAACUUUUACAAGAGAGAAAAAAUGGCGAAAAUGUGUUUGACGAAUGUGCCCAAACAAUAACAAGUAUUCUUAAUGAAACCGAAUCGGCAACAUCAGCAAAGAUAUUGAAUCAUAUAAUAGAAGAGAAAGUUGAAAAAUCUCUUCUCAGCAUUCGUGAAGAUGAACAAUUAUCUUCAAAAACAACCAAUAAUCAAUCGAAUGAUACGACAGCCACAAGUAUAUCCGAUUUUGAAAGUUUAUUAUUAGCAAUAAAAAUCGAUGAAAAUCGUUCACAACAACAGUUGAUGCCCGCCACUAUCAUUAAUAACGUAGACGAGGAAAACAAUCGUACAUCAUCCGAUGAUACAUAUUAUUCCUUCGACGGAGGGAAAAACAUAGAAAUUGAGGAAGAUAAUGCUGACAAUGAUGUCAAACAAAUUUCCAACAUCAGCGAUGAUGAUCUUGGAAUGUCAUCAGAUAGUCAAAAGACAAUCGAAUAUCAAGUUAAUCAACGAUCUGACGAUGAAAAUCUCAUGAAAGAAAAUGACACUGAUGAAGAGAAUAGAGAAUCAAGUGUGAGUAACAACUAUUCUAAAGAACAAAAUGCACAAAUAAAACCUAAGAUAAAUAAUUUGAAUGGGACGCCAUCAGCAGACAUCAUAGACGAAACCAAUCAAGUAUUAUCAAUGAAUGAUGAUGAGAUUGUUUCGGAUGAUCAUCAACUUCUGGAAGACUUGCGCUCGUCAAAUCAACAUCAUUUGGAGGCGAGAUAUACGGAUUCUCUUUCAUUUUUGGAAAAACGAUGCACACGUAAACAUCAUUUAGCAAACGAUGAAAAUUGGCGACAACUGAAACGACGUCGAUUACAGGAUGAAAUCCAGGCGUCCCCUUCAUCCAAAUCCAGUAGUAAUAGUCUUGUGGAUGAAAAUGGAAAUCAUUUAGUUAAAGAUAAUAAAUUAGAUGCAGGUCAUUCAUAUGGAAAAAAACUAGAAAUGUCCGAAAAACAAAAAUUAUCAGAGACGACGGGUGCAGCACAAUCAACAUCGAAACCUGCUACAUUUGAUUUUCUAGGUUUAGAACCGGAAGAAAUUGUCUGCAUUACUCGUUCAAAAUCCACCGAAUUACAAUUUUUAUUAAAAUGUGCAAAAUGUCCUAAUAAACUGUUUUACAUUACAAACAGACAAGCAACAGAAAUAAUACCACAACUGGUAAUUCAGUUUUAUGAACGACAUAUCGAUUGGUUUAACAUUAAGAAAAAAUCAACAACCAACACGACAACAAAACGUUCAGCCACUGUACCAACAUCAUCUCAUAAUAAAUAUAAGGAUAAAUAUUAUCAACAAGCACAAAAAGUAAAUACACGUUUACAAACGAGAAAAUCUGCUGGAAUUGAAAGAUCAUUAUCAAUUUCCUACGAUAAUGAAAGACAAAUGCAACAAGAAAAAACGUCUGCAGAGUCCCCUUCACCAUCUGAAGAACAAAAAACACAAAAAGAACAACAACAAUUAAAGGUAACAUCAACAAGAAGAAGUACAACGAAUGAUAAAAUAAAUACAUUGAAAAAACGUCAAACAAAGUCGAAUCGUUCAACAACAACAACUUAA